GGCGGUGCAUCUGGCCACACCCACCUGGUGACGUCAAGUUAGUGCGUCUCGCGGGUGAUACCACGUCUGCGCCGCCUUUCUUGUGCUACCUGGCGGGUUUCGCUCAUCGGUGGUUCGUGUCUCUUGUUUCCCGUGUGCAUUGGCGUUUCCCUUCCAAACCCAGUGUACCGUGAGGGUUCGGAGCCGCGCACUAAGGCGAGGGCGCAGUUCCGCUAGGGCGUUGUAGAAAUUGUUUCAUCAUGAGAAAUCUGAAGUUGCAUCAGACCCUGGAAUUUAGGGACAUUCAGGCACCAGGGAAACCUCAGUGUUUCUGUCUGCGAGCUGAACAGGGGACAGUUCUGAUUGGCUCAGAACGUGGACUGACAGAAGUAGAUCCUGUGAAAAAAGAAGUGAAGACUGAAAUUUCUUUGGUGGCAGAAGGUUUUCUUCCAGAGGAUGGAAGUGGCUGCAUUGUGGGUAUUCAGGACUUGCUGGAUCAAGAAUCUGUGUGUGUGGCCACUGCCUCUGGGGACGUCAUAGUCUGCAAUGUCAGCACACAGCAGCUGGAAUGUGUUGGGAAUGUGGCCAGUGGUAUCUCUGUCAUGAGCUGGAGUCCUGAUCAAGAACUGCUGCUGCUUGCCACAGCUCAACAGACCCUGAUUAUGAUGACCAGAGACUUUGAAGUAAUCACGGAGCAGCAGAUCCACCAGGAUGAUUUUGGAGAAGGCAAGUUUGUCACCGUUGGAUGGGGCAGUAAGGACACGCAGUUCCACGGCUCAGAAGGCAGACCAAUAACCUUUCCGGUGCAAAUGCAUGAGUCUGCCUUGUCCUGGGAUGAUCACAGACCACAAAUUACCUGGCGUGGGGAUGGGCAAUUUUUUGCUGUGAGUGUUGUUUGCUCACAAACAGGGGCUCGGAAAAUCCGAGUAUGGAACCGAGAGUUUGCCUUGCAGUCAACCAGUGAGUCUGUGCCAGGGCUGGGGCCCUCCCUGGCUUGGAAACCCUCAGGCAGUCUGAUUGCAUCUACUCAGGAUAAACCCAACCAGCAAGACGUUGUGUUUUUUGAGAAAAAUGGACUUCUUCACGGGUAUUUUACACUUCCUUUCUUGAAAGAUGAAGUUAAGGUAAAUGACUUGCUGUGGAAUGCAGAUUCCUCGGUGCUUGCUGUGUGGCUAGAAGACCUCCCGAAGGAAGGCAGAUCCACUCUGAAAAGCUAUGUCCAGCUCUGGACCGUGGGGAACUAUCACUGGUAUCUCAAGCAAAGCCUGCCCUUCAGCACCACGGGGAAGAACCAGAUCGUGUCUCUGCUGUGGGACCCAGUGACGCCGGGCCGACUGCAUGUUCUGUGUCAGGGCUGGCGGUAUCUAUGCUGUGACUGGCACUGGACCACUGAUCGGAGCUCUGGAAAUAGUGCCGAUGACUUGGCAAAUGUGGCUGUCAUUGAUGGAAACAAGGUGUUGGUAACAGUCUUCCAGCGGACUGUGAUCCCACCUCCCAUGUGUACCUACCGGCUGCUGAUCCCACAUCCAGUGAAUCAAGUCAUGUUCUCUGCUCACCUUGGAAAUGACCUUGCUGUCCUUGACGCCAGUAACCAGAUUUCUGUCUACAAGUGUGAUGAUAAACCAGACAUGGAUUCCACAGUGAAACUAGGAGCUGUGGGUGGAACUGGAUUUAAAGUUCCUCUUAGAACACCUCAUCUGGAAAAAAGAUACAGGAUUCAGUUUGGGAACAAGGAAGAGGAGGAGGAAGUAAGCCCACUGCAACUUCGAUUUCUCACCUGGAUUGAAGGUGACGCUUUCCUGGCCAUAAGCCACAGUCACGCCAGCCGACAGUCCAUCAUUCACCAUCUGACUAUGGCCGGUUCUGAGGGGGAUGAGGAACAAGGACAGCUGAAUGUCAGUUCAUCUGUGACAGUGGAUGGAGUUGUCAUUGGUUUAUGUUGCUGUUCUAAGACCAAGUCAUCAGCAGUACAGCUGGCUGAUGGCCAGGUGCUCAAGUACCUUUGGGAGUCGCCUUCUUCGGCUGUGGAGCCCUGGAAGAACUCUGAAGGACGUCCUGUCCGAUUUGCUCAUCCAUGCACACAGAUGGAAGCAGCCGCCAUUGGAGGGGAGGAAUGUGUCCUUGGUCUGACCGACAGGUGUCGUUUUUUCAUCAACGACACUGAGGUUGCAUCAAAUAUCACGUCAUUUGCAGUGUGUGAUGACUUUCUACUGGUGACAACCCAUUCCCACACCUGCCAGUGUUUCUCUCUAAGUGGUGCCUCACUUAAAAUGCUGCAGGCAGGUCUGUGUGGCAGUCAGGUGCCCAGUGGAGAAAUUCUGAGGAAGGUGGAGAGGGGUUCCCGGAUCGUCACAGUCGUCCCCAAGGACACAAAGCUUAUACUCCAGAUGCCGAGGGGGAACUUGGAGGUUGUUCAUCAUCGGGCCUUGGUCUUGGCUCAGAUUCGGAAGUGGCUGGACAAACUUAUGUUUAAAGAAGCGUUUGAAUGCAUGAGGAAACUGAGAAUUAACCUCAAUCUGAUUUAUGAUCAUAACCCCAAGGUGUUUCUUGAAAAUGUGGAAACCUUCAUAAAACAGAUUGAUUCUGUAAAUCAUCUAAACUUGUUUUUCACAGAACUAAAGGAAGAAGAUGUCACAAAGACCAUGUACCCUCCCCCGGUUACCAAGAGUGUCCAGGUGUCCACAAAUGCUGAUGGGAAGAAAGUUGACCUCAUCUGUGACACUAUGAGAGUGGCCAUGGAGACCAUCAAUCCUCGCAGGUUCUGCCUGCCCAUACUCACAUCUCAUGUGAAGAAGACGACUCCCGAACUGGACAUUGUGCUGCAGAAGGUACACGAACUCCAAGGAAGAAUUUCCUUUGAACCUGAGAGUGUGAGUGCAGAGGAGGCUUUGAAAUACCUGCUGCUCCUGGUAGAUGUUAAUGAAUUAUUUAAUCAUUCUCUUGGGACCUAUGACUUUGAUUUGGUCCUCAUGGUAGCUGAGAAGUCACAAAAGGAUCCUAAGGAAUAUCUUCCAUUUCUUAAUACACUUAAGAAAAUGGAAACUAAUUACCAGCGGUUCACCAUAGACAAGUACUUGAAACGAUAUGAAAAGGCCCUUGGACACCUCAGCAAGUGUGGACCUGAGUAUUUCACAGAAUGCUUAAAUUUGAUAAAAGAUAAAAACUUGUAUAAAGAAGCUCUGAAGUUAUAUCGGCCAGACUCACCACAGUACCAGGCGGUCAGUGUUGCUUAUGGCGAGCACCUGGUGCAGGAGCACCUGUACGAGCCAGCAGGGCUUGUGUUUGCCCGCUGUGGGGCCCAUGAGAAGGCUCUUGAAGCGUUUUUGGCUUGUGGCAGCUGGCAGCAAGCCCUUUGUGUGGCUGCCCAGCUUCAGAUGGCUAAAGACAAGAUGGCUGGCCUUGCUAGAACUCUGGCAGGAAAGCUGGUCGAGCAGAGGAAACACAGUGAGGCAGCAACAGUCCUGGAACAGUACGCCCAGGAUUAUGAAGAAGCCGUGCUCUUGCUGCUAGAAGGAUCUGCUUGGGAAGAAGCUCUGAGGCUGGUAUACAAGUAUGACAGAGUGGAUAUUAUAGAAACCAGCGUAAAGCCUUCCAUUUUAGAAGCCCAAAAAAAUUACAUGGACUUUCUGGACUCUCAGACAGCCACAUUCAUUCGCCAUAAAAACCGCUUGAAGGUGGUUCGAGAGCUCAAGAGCCAAGCACCACGGGUGCAUGUGGAUCACGAGGUGGCCCGUGGCCGAGAGACGGACCUCUUCUCGGAAACCAGCAGUAUUAGGAGUGGCAGCGAGAUGAGUGGCAGAUACUCCCACAGUAACUCCAGGAUAUCUGCGAGGUCAUCUAAAAACCGCCGCAAGGCAGAACGGAAGAAGCAUAGCCUCAAAGAAGGGAGCCCCCUGGAGGACCUGGCACUUCUGGAGGCGCUGAGUGAGGUGGUACAGAGCAUUGAGAAGCUGAAAGAUGAAGUGCACGCUAUUUUAAAGGUGCUCUUUCUCUUUGAGUUCGAAGAGCAAGCAAGGGAGUUACAGAGGGCCUUUGAGAGUACUCUGCAGCUGAUGGGGACGGCACUUCCAGACAUCUGGACUCUCACUGGCCAACAGAGUUCAGCCACACCUGUCCUAGGUCCCAGUUCCACUGUGAAUAGUAUCAUGGCUUCUUACCAGCAGCAGAAGACUUCUGUCCCUGUUCUCGAUGCUUGGGCUUAUUUGCCACCGAAGAUCGACCAGAGAAGCCAGUGGAAGCUGAGCCUGCUGGAGUGACUGCCCUGUUAGGAAGGCAUCGCUGGGAAGACCAUUUGUGCUUCUGGUUCUUGCUCCUCAGAGACCUGACUGUGGAGAACUGGGAUGUGGGAUAGUCCGCCUUUGAACUGCCUGCAGCGGCAGUGAGCUCCAGGCCCCAGCCAGCUCCAGUCUCUGGCCUUUCUUUGGUGUAUACAUCUUAGGUACUAUGUCAGAACUUUGUCUUAGCCAGCAUGUUACAUUCUUUGUAAAAGUUGCUGUUCAGCCAGUCACAGUGCGACAUGUCUAUAACCCCAGCAACCGAGGAGGCCGAGGCAGAAAGACUGACGGAAGUUCCAGACCAGUGUAGGCUACAGCAAGGCCUUGUCUCAAAACAACCCAGCCUGAUGUUCUUGUACUAGUACUGUUUGAAAGCAUGGAUCUUAUGCAUGGAUCUUAUCUCAUGAACUGGAUUCCCAGAUCCAGGCCUGGUUUCUGUUACAACCUUGGACAGCUCAUCAUUGAUUUGAUCCUCAGUUCCUGUUGUUCAUAGGGAAUGAUGUUUCAUGGCUUCUACCUCAAAAAAUGAAGACAAGUGAAACCACAUUUCUCAGUUGUCGUGUGUUGUUAACAGCAUGCAGUGUGUACACAGGCAGUUAGUGCGGCCAGCAUCCAGUAAGGUGUGAUUGCAGAGCUGUGUCUUUUCCUCCAACUCAGAGCAGAAUUCAAGGCUAACUGUGUUUGUACACCGAGAGGUGACUCCGUGGUAAAGAGCAGUUGUCGUUUUUGCAGAGGACCUGGGUUUGAUUCCCAGCACCCACACGACAGCUCGCAACCGUCUGUUUUCUCCAGUUCUAGGAAAUCUAAUGUCCCCUUUUGAUCUCUGAGCACAUGUGGUACAUAAACACAUGCAGGCAAAAUACUCCUCUACACACAAAAUCUUUAAAAAAAAAAUUUUUUUUAAUUAAAUGUGUUAUCCUACCAUGUUAUGUGCUACUAACUUUAAUUGGGCUCAGCCUCCUCUGGCUGGCACUGUUACAGGGACUGUUCGAUUGCAUGAGUAUAUUCUGCUAAAGUAUCGUCAGCAGUAGGGUGGACUUCAGUGAUGGGUAGACAGCAGGCAUGCAUGGUAGCAGGGUUGGAGGUUACCCUUUGUUCCCCAGACACUGCCUUUUGACUAAAGCAUUUUGUCUGUGUCCAGGUAGACUCAUUUAGAUUUUUGUAUGGUGUCUUAAGAUCAGAUGUAGAGAUGCAGAGUUUGGAGUUUGCCUAGCUGGUUCGGUCUUGCUUUAGAUCAGUAUUUCCUUACUGUGCUCCCUCCUCAAUUUUGGAACUGUAAUAUAUACCCUAUGCUGUUAUAUGAUGGAAGUGUGUGAUUUGCCUUUUGAUUUUGAUUUUACAGAGGAUUAGAAAUAAGAUUGCAUAAAUCUCAGAAGAAACUUUGAACUUUGGACUUUUAAACUUUGUUGAGAGUGUGUUAGUCUAUGGGGACUUUUGAAGUUGGACUAAAUGCAUUUUGCAUUGUUAUUAUGGCUGCAAGCCUAGGGGGUGCCAGUUGUGGAAUGUGGUGGUUUGAGUAGGUAUACAUAAGACUCAUGUGUUUGAACCCUAGGCCCAUGGAGAGUGGCACUAUUAGGUGUGGCCUUGUUGGUGUAGAUGAGGCCUUGCUGGAGGAAGUGUGUCACUGUGGAGGUGUGCUUUGAGGUCUUCUAUACUCAAGCUCCACCCAGUGUAGAUUCUUGCCUUGUCCAGCACUGUGUCUGCCUGCAGGCUGCAGUUUUCCUGCCAUGACAGUAAUAGACUAAAUCUCUGAGACUGUAAGCCAGCCCCAAUGAAAUGUGAGUUGCCGUGGUCAUGGUGUCUCUUCACAGCAGUGAAACCCUAAGACAGUAACUAACCUGUCUUUCGUUCUGUUUCCAAAAAUCUUUGGAAGAAUGAAAGUACUUUCUCUCUUUUGUCAAGUCUAGAAAUUGACCAGCUUAUUUUAAUGAGAGAUUUUAAAAAUUAUUCUUCGACAAUUUCAUAUUUUCACAUAAUGUAUUUGAUUUGUUCUCAUUUCCCUUUCUUCUGCUGAAAUCCUUUUUCUUCCCAAGAAUCCCCUCUUCUAUUUUCAUGUCUUUUUAACUUUACUUGGGAUUGAGAAUUACUCGAACAUGGAGAAUUUGUUAUGAGUGUAUCACUAGUAAAGUAAUAUCCUUCCCCAACAAGAGUUUCAUGGAUAAUCCUUGAGUACAGUUAGAAUCUCUUGUAUGGUUUUAA